AAUUAACCUGCCUCCUCGACCCAAAUAACUACCUAAACAUAUACUUAUCAUUAAAACGGCUAAUUAUCAGUGCUUUUUGUCACUAGCUAAGGCUCAGAAAACGGUAAAUACGCGGCUCUGAGUACGAUAAUCUGAGCUUCAGGGGCACCAGUAAUGGCCGACGCCGCCUUCCCACUAUGAGUUAAGGCGACCCUGCAGGUGUCCACGGCGCGUCCCCCUGACCAGCGGCACUUCUAAUUAUACCAAGACCCUCCAGGACAGCAGCGGCACGUCCGGGUGGGUUGGUAGCAGCGUCGCGGGGCCGCUGUCUGAGAUGCACAAGGAGGAGAGCAACAGGGAGGUCGCAGAAACAGGAGGUGAAGAUUCUGAUGAAGAAGAUGAAGUGAACAGCCGAUCAGUGAAGAGGAAGCGGGCCGUGGAGUCUGACUCAGAGGAGGAAGGCUCUGACUCUGAUGAUGGCUCCGAAGGGGAUGAGGACGAGGAAGACGAUGGCACGGAGGAUGAGGAAGAAAGUGAAGAGUCAAGCGACAAUGAAGAUACCGGUAAUGAAGAUGGCAGCGAUGAUGAUGAUGAAGAAAGGGAGGAGGAUGAAAGCAAUGGAGAGGAGAGUGAAGAAGUAACUGACAGUGAGGAGUACGAUAGUGACGAUGAGGAUGAGGCAGCCACUCCAUCCAAAGCUGCCGUCAAAAAGCCCAAGCCAAGGAUUGCCCCGGCCAGGAGUGACUCCGAGGCCAGUGAGGAAGGGGAGCAUGCUGGGGAGCCGUGUGCCAUCUGUCUGGGCCGCAUGAGGGGCAACAUCGGGUCACCGGAGGGCUGUGAUCACUCCUUCUGUCUGGACUGCAUUCUCGAGUGGGCAAGGACAAACAACAGCUGUCCCCAAGAUAGGAUACCAUUUUUUCUCGUCUUUGUUCGGCGGACUAUUGGUGGACGCAUCAUCCGGCGUGUGGCUGUGGAGGAGGUGAAGCCAGCAGACAUCCCACCAGAGGAGGAAGAUGAUCCCACCUUCUGUGAGGUGUGCGGUCGAUGUGACCGGGAGGACCGGCUGCUGUUGUGUGAUGGCUGUGAUCUGGGUUUCCACCUGGAGUGCCUUGACCCUCCCUUGGCCCGGGUGCCCAUCGAGGAAUGGUUCUGUUCUGACUGCCAGGCUGUGAAUUCAUCCUCAGCAUCUGCAGAGGCCGGCAUUGAUGAUGGGGAGUUAAUAGACCUUCUUGAGGAUGGUGCUCCUAGUUCCUCACUUCCACUCUUGCGUCCUAACCGUGCUAUUGAGAGGCCAAGGCUACUACCUCGUACCAGAGCCUCUGAGAGGGUCCGUGCACGCAUCACUCGGUCACGGCAGCAGCGGGCAAUGACUGAGGAGAAUGAAAGAGAACAAGAAUCAGUACUUGAAGCCAUUGCUGCUGCUGAAGAGCGCGAGGCCUUGGGUCAGGAAAGAAGGGAGACAGACACCACCCCAACUGCCGCAACAACAGUGACGUCAGCCACAACCACCACCAAGACACGCAGAGGUACCAAGGCCCCCAAGAGGAAGAGGAGAAAAGUAGUCCGAAAGAAGAAAAGAAAAGUGAAGAAAAAACGGAAGACAACCACAAAGAAAGCCACCUCAACAACCAAAACACGCACAAAAGGUGUGAAGAAAAAGCGGAAGACGAGGAAAACAGUGCGUCGGAAGAGGAAAACAAAAAGAAAGAAAAAGAAGGCCACUAAAAAGCUGAAGGCACCACAACCCCCUAUAACACCCAAGGGAAGAAUAGCUGAGGCACUGGGCAUCAGGCCCUCCAAGCCAUGGGAGAAAGUGCCAACCAUGCAGCCAGCCAUCAAGGAACAGGGUCUUGGAUCCUUACGAGCCAGAGCAGCCCUACCUCACCUUUCUCUCCUGGGACUGAAUGCAGAUGUUGAUGUGACAUCUGAACCUGAUGAGUAUGGAGAUGCCAUUUUGGCAGCAGGAGUGGCAAGACGCCGGGUGAUGGACAGCCAGGCCAUUGCACGUCGUAAAGCUCUCUCAGUCAGGGCGCUCAUGUCCCACUCCUCCUUAAGCUCCAGGGUGAUGAAGCCCGCUGACACCCCCAACAACAACAACAACAACAACUCAGGGGACCUGCUGGACUCAAUCAUGGAGAGCCAGUCUCUUCUCCUUGUCCCCGUUUGCUGUAAAUCUGGUAGUCUUAAGAAGCCUGUUAAUCAAGGAGACAGAGUAUCACAGCUGCUGAAGAUGAAUGGCAAGGUUAAGACCAACACCAGAACAGCUGGACCUGACUCUCCAGGCAGACAGCAGUCAGGUGAUGGCCAGUCAACAUCUCCUUCAAGAGAGCAACAACAGUCCGGAAGCAGUGGGGAUGCUAACAGUGGCUCUCAAGGGGCCAGCAAUCGCCUGGCUCAAGAGAGUGAUCCAACUGGAGCCAAGAGAUAUGCUUCUUAUUUAAAAGAAAAUGGUGAUGGAGGCUGGGAGGGGGAGGGAGAGGGACCCAACAAGCCUCCCGGCAGCAGCUACAAUGGUGGGGAGAAAAAACAGAAAAAAACUGAUGAGAAAAAGAAAAAGGAUGAAGACGAAGAGAUUGAUAUUUAUAGUGAUAUAGAUCCUGAAGUACCUGAGAGGGAGUAUGAUGAGGAUGAUGAUGAUGAAGAGGAAGACGAGGAAGAAGAGGGCGGUGGUGAAAGUAGUGCUUUAGGGAAUUACAAAGGUGGUGCUGCAAUGACAGUGAUGCCAGAGUCUAACAAAAAGGAGAAUGAGCCGGAGUCCAGUGGUGAUGAGUUGGUGAUCGAUGACAGUGACAAACCUGAGUGUCGUGAGGUGGCAGCGGAAGCAGUGGUGCCUCGACGGAUAGUUAUGGAGGAGAUGGAGGAGAACAAUGUUGUAGGCAGCAGCAGUUUGCCAGGCCUCAAUGACUUUGAGUUGGAGGCAGUAUCAGACACCGACACUCCUGAGCUAGACAAAUCCGCCAACAGCUCAAUUUCACUCUCAGACAGCAAUACUGGUGAUCAUGAGGUGACCAGCAGCACCAACGACAACAUUCACCUGGGCAAACUGCCUGGCCUAGGAAAGGAAAUGUUUGGUGAGAGCGAUGAAGAAAGGAGCCGUGACAGACCUGCCCAGCCCAUGGUUGGCCUGGAAGGACUGGAGACAGAAACCAUAUCUGACAACGAGGAGAUUAGCUUUGAUGACAACGAUGACAACAUUGAGGAGGGCGAAAUUCCCAGCGAGACCCCGAGGCAGCCCACCCCGCCAGCCAGCCGCCCUCGGGUGAACCUGCAGAUCCGGCGGGUGAUUGAGGUUUCUCCUCCCAGGGACCAGGAGGGGGAAUAUGAAGAGGGUGAGAUAGUGGAUGAAAAUGCCAAAAGGAAAGAGAAAAAGAAAGAGAAGAAGGAGAAAGUAAACAAGAAAGAAAAGGAAAACAAGGAGGAAGAAAAACAGCCAGAGGACAUGGAGAAGGAAGGAGAGAACACAGUUCCUGAGGUGGAGGUCCCAGAGCCAGUGCAGGAACCUGUCGAAGCACCCCCGGUUGAGGUGCCCGAGAGGCCCAAGACACCUCCACCAAAGCAGAAGACAAAAAGCAAGCAGAAGGAGAAGGAGAAGGAGAAAGAAAAGGAUGUCUCCUUCAAAAAGGUCUCCAAGAGCACCAAGGAAAGAAAUUACAGAGAUAACGAAAAGGAUGACAGGGACCGAAGGGGUGGAGGCAAAGGGGACAGGGGGCGGGGCAGGGAACAGCAAGACCCCCCAGGACGUGACAGAAACAGGGACCGCAGCAGAGGAGACAGGAACAAUGACAGGGGUCGGGAAUCUUCCGGUCGGCGGAGAGGCCGAGAAAGGGACAGGAAGAAGGAGCCCAAAAGGAAGGAGAUGGAGAGGUACAAUGUGAGGAAGAUGAUAACUCAGAAGGAGGAGGAACGCAAAAAGAAGGAUGAAUUUGGCCGUGACGUGGCACUCAGGUCUCGCUCUAGGUCAAGAUCUAGGAGAAGGUCCAGAUCAAGGUCGAGGAGGAGGUCGAGGUCGAGGUCACACCACCGCUCUGGGUCGAGGGGAAGAAAGAGUGGCGCUGGUGCUGGUGGUGGGGGCGGUGGAGGCGGCAGGAGGAGCUACAGUCGGUCACUUUCACGCUCUCACAACAGAAAAAGAGCACGCAGAAGGAGCUAUUCAUCUUCAUCCUCAUCCUCGUACACCUCCUCCAGUUCCAGUUCCUCCUCCAGCUCAUCCUCCAGCUCCAGGUCCCGAGGCAGGAGCCGAGACAAGCGGAGGAGGAGGUCCCGCAGCAGGUCUCGAACACCCCUAAAAAAGAAGCCUGAGAAGAAGAAAGCUGCUCCUCCUGCCAAACCCCCCAAGGAGAAGCCUGUGAAGGAGAAGCCCAAGAAAGUCAAUCCAGUUGUAGAAAAGAAAAAGGAGAGGAAGAAAGAGGAGAAGAAAAAGGACAGAGAAGUUGACAAGCGUGAGGAGACCAAACUGGAUAAGGAGAAAAAGAAGAAGAAGAAAGAGAAGUCUCCUUUACAGAGCAAGGAAGUGUACCAAGCUGGAGGGAGUAUCAUGGUUAGUGUAAGCUUUGCCAGGGCACCAGGGAAGGAGAACAAAGAAGGCAAGAAGAAGAAGGAUAGAAAUGUCAAGCUGGAGGGUGAAGCAAGAAAGAGGGUGAGGAAGGAGCUUACAAAGGCUCGGGGCAGUCCCUUCCGGUCUUGGUCAAGGAGUCGAUCACCCUCCCCAAGUGGUAAGCGCACACCCCUCCAGGAUGAGCCCAUGUGGUCUCCCGACCGACUGGCCGAGUCUCGCAACAAAGAAAAGCCACCCAAGACCCCAGAAGUCAUAGAUUUAGAUGUGAUCAUGGUCACACCACCACCUCAGGAACCCAUCCUCAUCUCAGAUUCUGAAGAUGAGGGUAUCACCCGGUUGCCUCCUGACCUAGGCACCACACCUGUGCCUCCUGUCAGACCUCAGGGACCCAAAACUCCUCCAGAACCUGCUGUCAAAUUUACCCUUUCCAGUAAACAAGUGUUAAAGCCAAUAAAUAACCCCUUAAGAGAUGAGGAAGAGGAGGAAGAACCUCCUGCCCCAGCCAGGGGGCCCAACACCCCUCCAGGUCCUCCUCCAGAAUCAGAUGAAUCAGUUGGAAGGGCAAAGUCACCUGUUGUAGGGGUCCCACACUCCCCAGCUGGUUCACCACCAGGGUCCUCUCCAGAGCCAGAUGUUUAUGAUCCAUUUGAACCCACAAAGUCUCCAUCUCCUCCCGGGUCUCCUCAGCAAGAGGCUCGGGUCAGCAGCAGCGACCAGACAGAAAGUGUGGAAAAAGCGUCCCCAGAGGUGGUGGCGGCUCCUAAAGCUGCGUCUCCUCCACCAUUGCCCACAGAGCCCCCAGAGCCUGAGGAGCGACCACCUGAGCCCCAGAAGCCCCCAGAAGAAGAGGCCACCAGCACAGUACCUCCUCCACCUGCUGUAAGUUCACCCAUGGCCACAACCACCACUGCGCCCCCCAAGACGUCCAAGGCAUCCAAGGCUCCCAAGACAACCUCAGCCUCAACUAAAACUACCACAACAGCUCCUGCAGCCCCAGCUAAUCCUAUUAACCAGAUUUUUCCUGGUUUGCCUGCAAAUGUUGCUAACAUACUAUACCCUGCAGCCCUGGCAGCAGCUGUCCGUGGUGCAGGGGGCGCUGUGAUUCGGCCACAGGUGGUGCAAACUGUGGUGGCUCCAGACUUCUCAAGGCCGCCUCCAGCAGCCAACCCUCUCAAUCGCCCUCCCCCCAUGACCAUCAUAGCCCCUACACGUCUAGGGGAGAAGGGACGUGUGACACAGAAUGGAAGGGAUGUGACACACACUGAUGUGGUGGAUAUGGACCUUGAUUCCCCCAACUCCCCAGACAGCUCUGAUGUGAGUGACAUGUUUGAGCCACCCUCUCCCCACUCCACACACCAGUCAGAAAAGACCUCCCCAAGGAAAACAAGAAAUCAGGCCAGGCCACCUGCUGCAAAAGGAGCAAAAGCUGGCAGUGGUGGUGGUGGAGCAGGGGGAGGAGCUGGUGGUGGUGGUGGAGGUGGAGGCUUGACUGAUAAGUUUGACAGUCUCUUUAGUGUACCUCGAGGAGGAGGACGCAAGCACAGCACUCCCCACAAACACAAAGGAGGAAAGAAGUCAAAAGGUAAAAAAGCUGACGGUAAUGAAGAUGAUAUACCAAGCUCUGCAGUCGACCUACAAGUUAAAGAGAGGUUCCUGAAGAAGGUCCAGCGUCAGGAAAGAGUUAUCGAGGAAGUAAAGCUCAGUCUCAAGCCAUUCUACAAUAAGAAGACCAUUGGAAAAGAUGACUACAAGGAGAUUAUGCGGAAAUGUGUCCAGAAGGUGUGCCACAACAAAUCAGGAGAGAUAAACCCCAUCAAAAUUCGGGGUCUUGUUCAAGGCUACAUCAAGAAGGUCAAGUACUACCGGAAGAAGCAGACGGGCGUGGCUGACCCCUCACCGACCAAGCCUUCAGCCACAGAGCCUUCUGCACCCACCUUUGUCCUCAUCCCCAAGGUUAACAAACCCCCAACACCAAUAAAGAGUAAAGCCUAAGUAUCAAUAGAAGAAUUAUUUUGCAGAACCGGAGUAGCUUUUUCUCUUCUCCGUCUAACAAGUAUGUUAAUAAAGUUUAUGGGAGUUUUUAAUACACUAUCAGGGUUGACAGAGCUGUAGAAUAUAAUUGAAUUUUGUAUGUUUUAUUAUUUAUUUGAUAUUUUUGUUAAUGAUAAUUACAAUUUGUACAUUCUAGGUUGUAAGCGGCAACACUAGGGAUACUGUACAGAACUCAAAAAGAUAGGCACUUUAAUUUUUUUUCCCCAUUACCUACAACUGUGAAACAUAACCAGGUCUUGUUUGCAUUACUUGAGUGGUGUAGGAUGCCCGCCACUGCCUGGGUUCCCUCAGCAGGAUACUGUGGUUGUCAUUAGUGUAAGAAAGGCAAUGGGGAGGACUUAUGUGACCAGCACGUGAAAGAGAGAGACGGGGCGGUGAGGACUGGGGUGGGGAGCAGGUUGGGGAGGCGGUCCUUGUAGCAGCUUGCUUCGUUUUGGUGUGAAUCUCUGUUGCACUGUUAUUUAUCCUUUACAGUGAACUUUAAAUGUGGAAGGUAUGUUUUAUGAGAGCCUAUAUUUUUGAAUGCAUUUUUUGACUUAUUUGUGGUUGAGGACAUGUGGGUCAUAGAGGAGUAAGUGUUUAAGGCUACCACUUUUAUCAGAUUCCCAUCCAUGUAUUAUGUUUAGGUGCUGGAAAGUUAGAUUUUUCAAUAUUGAAUUGGAAUAUAUGGAAAAUAUCUUUGGUUUUCAGUAAUACAUGAUCAUAUAGUAUUUGUAUAUAUUAUAUAUGCAAUAUAUCUGCUGGAUUUUGAUAUAUGUGCAGUUAGUGAUAUAUUUUUUUAAGGAAUUUACUUUCAUAUCAAGUAUUAGAAAUUAGUCUUGAGAAUCAUUUUGUUUACAAACUUCAAAAACAUAUAGAGUAUUGGAACAUGAUUAUGCUGUUGUACUGUAAGAUUUUUGGCAUGACAAAAGUGAAGUUUAAAGUUCUCCUUCCUCUUAGUUUAAACAAAUGUCCAAUUGAAAGGGAGGUUUUAUUUGCAAAAUUUUUGAUUUCAUCUAAUGUUGAUUCUUUCCUUGCAUGUAUAAGUCAUGGGUGAUUGUUGUAAACUAAAAUGUUUCUUGGGCUUUGGUAUAUUCUGUACUUACCUUCACACACAAAGAUCCAUUUUCAUAAGCCUUGAUGUCCAGCCCUGUGGAGCAGUAAUUGAUUGCCAAUAUCUCUCCACCCUUUGCUGCCAUCUACAUUGUUUUCAUUUUCAUCUUUCAUUUUGGUAAGAAAAAUUUGUAUCAAACAAGGUUAACAAGAAUAGAAACUUUCUAUGUUCAAUGCAUUUAAAUUUGCUAAGUGAUUUAUUUCAUUGAGAUAUUUUCUGAUCUAUAUAAUCUGGAAGUUGCUGUCAUUACAUUUAGAUCAGUAAUCACCAAGCACCACUGAAAACAUGCUAAACAUUUUUCUAUUUUCCAUAUUUAUCCUAUGUUGGUUCAGAGUUCAGUACAGGAAACCUCCAUUGGCUGACAUUUCACUUAUUUGACAUUUCAAAAUACUUAGACUUGUUUUGACAUGCAAUCCCCACCAUUUUUACAAUUUUCAUAUUUCGGGGCAGGUAUUAAUUUUCAAAAUGCACCAGCUAUCCUGCCACCUGCCAGCCAGUGCUGCUGGUACCUAGUGGAAUGGAAGGUUCUGUAUCAUACUGACUUUCUGAUCUGCUGAUUCAGCCCCAAGGGCCUUUACUACCAUGUCUCAACAUACUACUACUAUCACAACACUACCAUAUGGUUACCAGCCUGUUAUUCGAAGUGGAAGUUACUUGAGGGCAUGAAGCUAGUAGCAGGCACACCAAAAUAUUGAUGUAAUAAUCUCAAGGCCAACUGUGUUAAUGAUUUUGUAGCAGGACAAGUACAAACAGUUAGUUAGCCUUUAUUAGCACAAGCACUUUACUGAUUACCAUGACACGAGGCUCAAGGAUCAUUAAGAAGGAAAAUAUUAUGGUGGCUUGAAUUGGAUGACGAUACACAUCCAAAUAGAUAGGUUCUGUAAACUCCUUUUGAUAAAAAUACUACUAAUACUUACACAUACCUUCAUUAAAACACUUUUACAUACAUACAUUAACUUUCAAACCACACCAGCCAUGCCUGCCAGCUGGUAAUGGUGGUAGGCCAUUGGGCAGAUAGUUCAGCUUCACCUGUACACACACUGCUCUACUGAUUCUACAUGAGCACCACUACUACCAUGGCUCUACCUACUACUACUACUACUACUACUACUACUACUACUACCACCACCAAGAUGGUAAAUAGAGAAAGAAAAAAAAACCUUUCUAUUGAAAUUUUCUUGGGUCAAGGAACUAACCUCCCCUUAUUUACAUUCUUAUGGGGAAAACUGGUUUGUUAUUCAACAUUUUGGAUAGCAAGUCUGUCAAAUAGUGGGGAGCUUCUGUACUUGAAAUCAUCACUUGUUAAAUGUGAAAUUGUGUGUGUGUGUGUGGGUGAUCCAUUUCAGUAAGUGACCUUUCAUUUUCAUAGGUAAUUUUUUUGCAUGUAUUUAGCAUUUAAUGUCCUCCCUCUGGUUAGGAACAUAGGAUUAAGAUGACAUGACAAAAUCUUUUUGUUGUCUUAAAGUUGGGAGAACAUUCUCAACUGGAGCACUGCUAUUUCAGUUGUACUUGAAAACUAAACAAGGACAUUUUGAUGAAAGGCAAGAAUAUUUAAGAUAUAAAAUUUCCCAGCCUGGACUUGAGGAGAGUGAGGGUCCCCAGCACCCAAACAUUUUGGAAGAUUAUUAUUGCUGUAUUUUUUUCUUGAACCAAGGAAUGUUAUAACUGGUCUACCUCUGGCAGCCCUAAAUACAUGAGUAGUUUUGCAGUUAGAUGUGGCAGGCAAGAUGGUUGUAUAUAUAUUUGUAUGAAAAUCUGAUGUAAUAGGCAACUGAGAAAAUAGCAUCCUAUGCGGUGCCCUGAAUGUAAGACAAAGUUGCAUUGUUCGGAUUUUGGAAAAUGUAUGUAAUGAUUCCAAAUAUUGUAUGACCACAUGCCCUCAUCACAUGUCUAACUUUCUGACACAGUUUAUUAAGUUGUACAUUGUUUCCAUUGUCUGCAAUAUUCUACUUAAAAAAAAGUCCCAGAAUCCUGCAUCUCCAUGAGGGGUGAAGUCCAUUCUGUACCAAAUAACCCAGCAGCCGUCUGUGGCCAGCCGACCCACCAACCCCCUUUGUAAUGGCUAGGAAUAAUGUAAGAACGUUCUCAUAGCAUCAUCUCUGUUUGUAGUGGUUACAUAUGUAAAAAAAAUAAUGUUUUCUUAUCUUUAAAGUGUGUAUCAGUAAACAUUGAAUAAAUAUAAAUAGAAUAAA